CCCAUUAGGCCAUUACUAUCAAUUUUGAUUCAGUUUCCCGUUAAUAAUUUAUUGAGAAUCAGGCAUUACUAUCUUUGAGCAGAUUGCAUUGGUAGCGCCACUGCAGCUUUAGCGGAGCUCUGGGCCAUUUUUUAUGGCUUAGAACUGACUUGGAAACUUGGUUUUCGGGUGGUGAAGAUAGCCACCGACUCGCAGCUUGCUAUUCAGUUGAUUCAGGAUCGUCAUGAUCCCAUCCACCCCUAUGCCACUUUGUUGAGUCUCAUUCGGCGGAAGAUGGGUCAAGAUUGGUUGGUUAGUCUGACGCAUACAUACCGAGAAGGGAAUAGAGUCGCGGACUGGCUCUCGAAGCACAGUCUCGUCUAUCCCUACGGUAUGUAUGAGUUGGCUGAUCUACCUAUGGACAUGGUCGCGAUUCUCCAGGAUGAUGCUAGAGGCACUACUUUUGAUCGCCGUAUAGUGGUCAAUCAUCCCCCUCCUUUUUAGCCUCCCCUGUAACCCCUCUUUUUCUUUGGCCUUCGGCCUCCCCUGUAUGCAAAAAAAAAAUCUGCACUUAUAAAUAUGCAAGCUCUAUCGUGCUUUACCCCCAUCGGGCAAACCGAAGCAAAUUAAAGAGUUAGGAAUUUUCCGACGACGUUUGAGUCUGUUCUUUUGUUGAUAUAUAUAUAUUAUAUUAUGGAGCGUAAGUUUUUGACGGCAUUGCUGGCGGUGCUAUUGCUGACCACCGCCGGGAUGAUGGGCUCUGCUUCGGCGGCUGACAAUUUCAAACAAUGCUACAACGCGUGCAUGAAGGAAUGCGGCCAUAACGGUAGCUUGGAAGUUUGUGAGAGGUUGUGCGCGGACAGUUGUACGCCGCCGACUAGUAGCGGUGAAUGGCAUGCAUCCAUCGACGCCGGCCGGCGAGUAUAAUAAAACAGAGCGCCCAGGGGUUUAUUUUAGUUAUGCCUUAGCUAAUAUAAUUUUAAUUGAUUGAAAUAAAAUGAUAAACGUAGUGACGCUUUUGUUGUAGUUAUGACUUAUAUAUAUAUAUAUAAUUUUAAUUUAUUGAACUAUUCGAAGUAGUUGUUUUUCAUUUAUUCCGGCCGGCAGCUCACCGGGUGUGGUUUUCUAGGUUGAAUAAGAAGAAGAAAAAAAAAAGAGUGAAUAUGAUGAAUGUAUUAUACGUAAAAUUUCGCGCUAGUUUGUUGCACUACAUUUUCACGUAAUGUCCAUUAUGACAUUCACUCAAUCGAAAGAGAAAUACGACUGUACGAGAGAAAAUCAUGACUCAGGGGAUGGUUGUGAUUGGUGCAAUACAUAUUACAAUUACAAGUACUUAGACGACAAUUAAGUGUAGUUAUUUGAAGAAAAUGUAAGACAAACUCUAACACCCUACCCUGUAUUCUUGUUCUUACUAUGUUCCUUAACCAAUUUAUGUUUGGUUUAGCUACUAUCUUUAUAUAAAGCGCAUAGAAAAAUGAAGUUGUAUUUAAAAUCGGUAUUGUCUGAAAUCUUUGCUUGCGAAAACUUUACAUAUUUCUAAGUUUUAUUUAGAAGAUUUGUGGAGAGUUCAGUUCCACCCAAGAUUGUCAAACCGGUUUAUGCCAGUGUGCCGGUUUAGCAAGUGAAAUGGUUCGACCGGUGGCACAUACCGGCUUGUGCAUGUUCAUGCCGGUCAAUAAUAAAAUUAUAAAUACUCAUAUUUAAACAUGACAUUUAACGUCAAUACCCAAAAAUUUAUAUUUGAAUUCAACAAAUAACAUCAAUAUUUAACUUUUAUACUCAUAAAAUAAAUAAUAAAAUCAUUUUUAUCAAUUAAAUUCACUAAAAUAAUGCCAUUUUAUUUAGAGAUUCAUAUAUCGAUCAUGCCGGUCAUACCGGUGGUGUCACGUCGAUUUUAUAAGCGGUACCGGUUGAACCAGGUUCAACCGGUGGCACGUCGACCGACAUGACAACCAUGGUUCCACCGCCCACCUCUUAGCCAUUUGGCCGACAUGAUUCAUCCAUCUCGAUCAACUGAUGUCUUUCUAACCCUGUGAGGGAAAAUAUUGAUGGGGUGAAACGUCACUCAAUGAGUAAAUAAUAACCUUAUAUAAAUAUUAAUACAAAAAUGAUAUCAGGCUAUGUUGUGACUCAGAGUGUAGUUCGUCCAUUAUACUCUGUGUAUAUUUAAUCGCUUAAUCACUCUACUUAAUUUUCACCUAUGUACAGUUAUACGAAAUUUCUUCCCUCGUCCAAUUGAUCUUUCACAUAUACGUUAUGGGUCAUUCAUUCGAGCUUUUACAUACAUGCCAUACAUGGUUCGUUUAGGGUUUCACAUUUACUUUACCCCACGUGGUGUGGCAAAUAGUUCAUAUUUAUUCUUAUACACCAUAUAGAGUUUUCCAUCAUAUCCUUGCACUUCUAUCAACACCGCGUUAUGGAAUGUAUUAUAGACACAUAACAUUAUACAAAUCAAAAUAUCGUGGAAGUAUCAUAAUUAAAUCAACAUAUCAUCACUGUUUAUAGAACAGUUUCCCGAUUAAUCAUUGUACCACUCGUCAUAGGAGAUUAUCACAAAAUAUACCUAAUAUAGCCUGAUAUCACAUAUAAAACACAUCGACCUUCACAUAUUUCAUAUUCCGUGUAGGGGUUCACAUUCUAUAUAUCCGAUAUGGCAAAAUACGAAGAUUUGCCAUCUCUAUCACAUAUCUCACAAAUAUGGCAAAUACCAAGAUUGGCAUUCAAGUACUCAUUUUGCAACCAAAAUCACCCGUGUAUCAGCAUCCAAUCACACACAUACAUAUAGUUAGUUGGACUCAGUAGCUUUUAUUCUUUAAUUUGCCAAGUCAUGCACUCCCCAGGAUCUCGUGAAAUCGUAAUCUCAUAUGCACAAAGUGCCAAUAUUCAUAAACUCGUGGGCGCAGA